AUGUUCGCAUAUACGCUCUCCAUCACGACCCUGGCAGUACUAGCUUCAGCAAUGACGUCAAAAAAUAAUUCAUCAUGUCCAGAACAUCUCUACAAAACCCAUGUUUUCUCCACUGACCCGCUCGUAAUUUACAUACCCAACUUCAUCACGCCUGAAGAGUCUGAACAUCUCCAAACCGUCUCCGCCGGAAAAUUCACCUCCUCUCAAAUCGCCGACAGUAGCGGCCAACAACAUCUCGCCAGCACACGCAAGUCCCAAUCAACAUCGCUAGAAAGCGAUGAAGUGGUCCGCUGCAUCGAACAACGCGCCCUAGAGUUCCAAGGCUUCGAUACCAAGCGCGAAAGCCUUGAACCACUCCAAUUGGUAAAAUACGGCGAGUCACAAGAAUACCACUCGCACACAGACUGGUUCACAUCUCCCGCCCAAGCCACUGCCGAGUAUGGCGGAAACCGACAGUCUUCGUUCUUCGUCUAUGUUCAUGCAUCUGAUGAUAUCGUUGGCGGCGGGACGCAAUUUCCUCUCCUUGAUGCGCCCGAAGAUGAGCGGUGGUGCGCAUAUGUCAAUUGCGAUGCGGAAAUGAAGGAUGGGGUUGUGUUUAGACCGGUGCAGGGGAAUGCGGUGUUUUGGCGGAAUAUGAAGGAUGGAGGGAAGGGGUUGGUUGGGGAUAGGAAAACGGUGCAUGCGGGAUUGCCGGUGCAGAGAGGGAGCAAGAUGGGCAUGAAUAUUUGGACGAGAGAGGGGGAGCUGGAUGAGAAGUUCAGAGUGGCGGCAUAG